GGGCUUAAGGAGGGUUUAAGGCGGCUCGCCGCCCUCCAGUGUCUCCCUCCCUCCGCCACCGUCGUUCAUGGCUUCCAUUCCCCCUGAUAAAUUUUCCCGCCGACUCGGCACGCGCUGUUGAUCUGAAAUAAACAAUUAUUCUUGUCUUCCGUUUUCUCGCUUCCGCCUUGAUGCGUGAUGGCCCAUGCUUCAUUGCAAUUAUCUGGAGCCGCUCUGCUCUCAACUUCUUUUCCAGUUCACUGCUCUCAGGAGUUCUGAUAUCCUAAAAUCAUGUGGAAGAUUGCCAAUAAAAAGUUAUCUUUUUGGAAUUUCAAUAUAGUGUGUCGAUCGGCUGCUCUCCAAGGUAGUGGUGCGGAAGAGUUUUCCCAAUUAGCUUCUUUAUUUGGUAGUUACAUCCCCUCCCGUUUCGUGUUGAGGUUGAGGGAUGGGUGUCCUCAAAUGGGUAUUCGACGGAUUCCGGCGUUGGCGCAGGGAUGGGGGGACAGAAGCGUCGGAUUUUGUAGAAGGAGUGGCGAAAAUCGGAGUAGUUUGUCGCGCUUUAUGAGUGAUGGCUUUUGUUACAGUGUAGGACCGACGCGAGGUUUUGCUGGUGCUGCAGAAGCAGUGGUUUCUUCGACGGACGAAGAUGUUUCGGCAAUAGAAGAAAUUCAGGGGAUGUUGGAAGAGUUCUCUGAAGCGGUAGUCAGGAACAAAACAGAGAAAUGCGAAGGCAGAAACAAACCGGAUUUUGGCGAUUUGGGAGUUGCGAAGUACAGCGCCCUGAAGAGGAGGCAAAUUAAGACUGAAACGGAAGCGUGGGAACAAGCAGCGAGGGAAUACAGGGAGCUCAUGGUGGAUAUGUGCAAGAAGAAACUAGCUCCGAAUUUGCCAUACAUGAAGUCCCUAUUCCUUGGUUGGUUUGAACCUCUCAGGGAUCGCAUUGCGGCAGAGCAGGAGCUUCGUAGGAGGGGAAAACUCAGGUCGGCGUACGCGCCCUACAUUGAUCAUUUGCCUGCUGAGAUGAUAGCUGUCAUCACCAUGCACAAAUUGAUGGGGUUGAUGAUGACUUCCAACGACAAUGGGUCCGCUCGAGUUGUCCAGGCAGCGUGCAGUAUCGGCGAAGCCAUCGAAAAUGAGGGCAGGAUACGCAAAUUUCUUGAGAAGACGAGAAAGAAAUCUUCCACCGCAGAUGAGGGCGAAAAGGAACCUGAAGCUGUUGCCAAGGAGAAAGAAUUUCUAAGGAAAAAAGUGACAACUUUGAUAAAGAAGCAAAAGCUGCGUCAGGUGACUAAGAUAGUGAAAGGAAAGGACGACUCGGAGCCCUGGGGAACCGAGGGACAUGCUAAGAUAGGUUGUCGUCUUAUUGAGCUGCUGAUUGAAACUGCUUACAUUCAGCCUCCACUAGAUCAGGGGGCUGAUGGUCCGCCUGAUAUUCGUCCUGCAUUCAGGCACUCAUUGAAGAGUGCAUCCAAGGACAACGUAAAUAAUUCAAGACGUUAUGGUGUUAUUGAAUGUGAUCCUUUAGUUCGUAAAGGACUUGAGAGAACUGCCAGGCACAUGGUGAUUCCUUUCAUGCCAAUGUUGGUGCGCCCACUGAGUUGGACAGGUUAUGAUAAAGGUGCAUAUCUCUUUUUGCCAUCUCAUGUUAUGCGCACACAUGGAGUAAGACAGCAGCGAGAGGCAGUCAAGAACACUCCAAGGGAGCAAUUACAAUCUGUCUUUGAGGCCUUGGAUACCCUUGGGAGUACGAAAUGGAGGGUUAACAAAAGGGUGCUUGCAAUAAUAGAUAGAAUUUGGGCUAGUGGAGGUAAUCUUGCAGGGCUUGUUGACUGUCGAGAUGUUCCAUUGCCAGAAAAGCCUGAUACAGAGGAUGAUGAGGUGUUAAAGAAGUGGAAAUGGAAAUUUAAGAAUGCAAAGAAGGAAAGCAGUGAAAGACACUCACUGCGAUGUGAUGUGGAGCUCAAACUAUCUGUUGCUCGGAGAAUGAAGGAUGAAGAAGGAUUUUAUUACCCACAUAAUCUAGAUUUUCGUGGCCGAGCAUAUCCCAUGCAUCCAUACCUGAACCACCUCGGUUCAGAUCUUUGCCGAGGCAUCCUAGAAUUUGCAGAAGGACGCCCACUAGGGAAAUCAGGAUUUCAUUGGUUAAAAAUACACAUAGCAAAUCUAUAUGGUGGUGGUGUUGACAAGCUAUCAUAUGACGGCCGCUUGACUUUUGUUGAGAAUCACUUGGAUGAUAUAUUUGACUCAGCUGAUCGACCUCUUGAAGGUUCAAGGUGGUGGUUGGGUGCAGAAGAUCCCUUCCAGUGCCUGGCUGCUUGCAUCAAUCUUUCUGAAGCUUUGAGGAGCUCUUCACCAGAAACAACCAUUUCACAUGUUCCUGUGCAUCAGGAUGGUUCUUGUAACGGCUUACAACACUAUGCAGCCCUAGGAAGAGACAAGUUGGGAGCAGCUGCUGUAAACUUGGUAGCUGGGGAGAAACCAGCAGAUGUUUACUCAGGAAUUGCUGCAAGAGUUCUUGAAAUCAUGCAAAAGGAUGCACAAAAGGAUCCAACAAAUAAUCCUAGUGCUGCACGUGCAAGGCUUUUGGUUGAUCAGGUGGACCGUAAAUUGGUUAAGCAGACAGUUAUGACAUCAGUCUAUGGGGUGACCUAUAUUGGUGCCCGUGAUCAGAUAAAGAAGAGACUAAAGGAGCGUGCCACCCUUCCAGAUGAGCAGGUGUUUGGUGCAUCUUGUUAUGCAGCCAGAACAACCCUGACUGCCUUGGAAGAGAUGUUUCAAGCUGCACGUGCCAUUAUGAGCUGGCUGGGUGAUUGUGCUAAGGUGAUUGCCACUGAAAAUGAGUCGGUGAGGUGGAUUACUCCCCUUGGCCUUCCAGUCGUGCAACCGUACAAGCAGAAAGGAAGAUGUCUUGUAAAAACAUCUCUCCAGGUUUUGGCUUUACAAAGAGAAACAGAUAAGGUCAUGAUUAAGAGACAGAGGACUGCUUUCCCCCCUAAUUUCGUUCAUUCCCUUGAUGGGUCUCAUAUGAUGAUGACAGCCAUUGCCUGCAAAAAGGCAGGAUUGAAUUUUGCAGGUGUUCAUGAUUCAUAUUGGACGCAUGCAUGCGAUGUGGAUAAAAUGAACAGAAUAUUGAGGGAGAAAUUUGUUGAACUCUAUGAGCAGCCAAUACUGGAAAGUUUACUGGAGGGCUUUGAGAAGUCAUUUCCGAACCUGCAGUUUCCUCCUCUUCCAGAUCGUGGCAAUUUUGAUCUAAAGGAAGUUUUGCAGUCAACUUAUUUUUUCAAUUGAUCCCUGUGGACCGCCCUUCUUUCUCAGGGGUGAUAAGAUGCACUUAGCCUGGCACAACUUGUACGAGCAUUAUAUUUAUGCGUUGCACUACCAGGGAUUCAGAUCUUUCCUAGAGGGCUUGAGAAGAGCAUUUGCCUAGUUUCCACAGGCUCUGGACAGGCGGGUGGGAGAUCAUCCAAAUCUGGACGGAUGUAAAUAGUUUUUCUUCACAAAGGGAAAAGAAACCUGUGGCUGCAAUUGUAUAUCUGCUGUACGUCAUUGAUCGUAGAGGUCUGCCAUUGGCAUUGUAUUUUUCUGUAUUGCUAAUUUUAUUCUUGGAUCGCCAUUGCCAUUAGCUGUCUUUGUGCAUUACGGUUGUAUGGCAGAGUGGAUAACUCAGCUACUUGGAAUGGACGAUGCAAUAAAGAUAUGAUCUUAUGUCUUA